AUGUUUGCCCACGAUGCCGUUCCUGUCGGCUACCUGCUGAUAGAGGUGCAGCGAGACUUCAACUUUCAUGCUAAUAUCGCUAAUAAGACUAAGCUGGAUCCCGAUGAGGAUAUGGGAGUGCUUUGCGAGGACAUUAUUCAUGAUAAGCGUCCCAACUCUUUUGGAACCGGGGUUGUAAUUGAUGUAACUGAUACGACUGUGCUUCAACUUUUUUUCUCUUCUUUUUCUGUUUCAGGAUCCUGUGCUGUGUUCAUUCAGCAGCCUCAUGACGUGGUCGUGGUGGCAGGGCAGCCUGUAACUCUACCGUGCGCUAUCACCGGCUAUCACGGCAUGGUCCUGUGGGUCAAAGACGGCCUGGCUCUCGGAGUUAAUCGGGACAUGUCAGGCUAUCCACGCUACGACGUAGUGGGUGAUCACAGCAAAGGCGAGUACCACCUUCUGAUCCAGAGGACAGAGCUCGCUGAUGACGGAAGCUUUGAGUGUCAAGGCAUCCAGGCUGGCAUCAGGUCUCGACCUGCUCGCCUCACUGUCCUAGUUCCUCCUGAGGACCCCGUGAUCAUCGGAGCGCCCGUGGUGAGUCUGAGAGCCGGUGACCCGCUUAACCUGACGUGCCACGCCGACAACGCCAAGCCGGCAGCCUCCAUCAUCUGGAUCCGUAACGGAGAGGUGCUCAACGGUGCCAUGUACUCCAAGACGCUGUUGCGUGACGGCCACAGAGAGAGCACGGUCAGCACCCUCUACGUCUCGGCGUCCAACAUCGAGAGCGGCCAGCGCAUCACCUGCCGAGCGUCCAACAAAGCCGCGCCCAACGGCAAAGAGGCCACGGUCACCAUCGACAUCCAGCACCUUCCUCUGGUGAACCUCUCUGCGGAGCCGCAGCCCAUUCUGGAAGGGAAUCCGGUCAGGUUUCACUGCUCGGCCAAGGCCAACCCGCCUGUCACUCAGUACAGAUGGGCUAAAGGCGGCACCGUGAUCCGGGACGCGGUUGGAGAGACGUACGAGGUGGCUGUGGAUCACUCGUUCUUCACCGAGCCGGUUUCCUGUGAGGUCACCAACGCGCUCGGGAGCACCAACAUCAGCCGCAACGUCGACGUCUACUUCGGACCUCGUCUGGCAGCCGAACCGCAGUCCCUCCAGGUGGAUUUGGGCUCGGACGCCGUCUUUAACUGCGCCUGGAUGGGAAAUCCCUCGCUCACCAUCGUGUGGAUGAAACGCGGCCACGGCGUGGUGCUUAGCAACGAGAACACGCUGACCCUGAGGGCCGUGAAACAGGAGGACGCCGGGAAAUAUGUCUGCCGGGCCGUGGUUCCUCGAGUCGGAGUCGGGGAGAAGGUGGUGACUCUUACCGUCAACGGCCCUCCUACUAUCUCCAGCACCCAGACACAGCAGGCUCUGUACGGAGAGAAAGGCCAGAUCAAGUGCUUCAUCCGCAGCACUCCUCCUCCAGAUCGCAUUGCCUGGUCUUGGAAGGAGACGGUCCUGGAGUCGGGAACGUCAGGGAGGUACACGGUGGAGACGGUGAGCACGGAGGAAGGCGUCAUUUCCACUCUGACCAUGAGCAACAUCGUCCCCGCCGACUUCCAGACCAUUUACAACUGCACGGCCUGGAACAGCUUCGGCUCCGACACCGAGAUCAUUCGCCUCAAGGAACACGGGUCCCUGCGCUUGGCCGUCAUCAUCGGGGUCGCGGUGGGAGCUUUCCUGGCGCUCAUCGUCCUCAUGGGGACUCUGGGGGCUUUCUGCUGCGCUCGCCUGCAGAGGAAAGACAUGCACCUGGUAAUGUCCUCACUGCCCGUCUCGCUCUCUGCUCGCCAGAGAGAACUCUCGAGUGCAAUUAAGACUGAAAGCCUCAAAGGGGUCGUCUCGGCAAAAAAUGACAUCCGGGUGGAGAUCGUUCACAAGGAUCAUAACGCGGCGAGGGAGACGGAGGAGCACGCGGGCGCGAAGCAGAUGAUGAUGGAGCGUGGGGAGUUCCAGCAGGAGUCUGUGUUGAAGCAGCUGGAGGUUCUACAGGAGGAGGAAGAGGAGUUUCAGCACGUUAAGGAUCCGACCAACGGGUACUACAGCGUGAACACCUUCAAGGAGCACAACGCCACUACGUCGGCUGAAGUCCGCAACCCAUCCGGAUCAGCGACGCUGGGUAAACAGCGCGUACCCACAGGCAUGUCCUUCACUAACAUCUACUCCACGCUGGGGGCCGCGCCCAACCACCGGCUGUACGACUACGGCGGCCGCUUCGUCCUGGCCAUGGGCUCCAGCUCCAUCGAGCUGUGCGAGCGCGAACUCAGCGAUUCCGGAUCCUUCCAGGACGCCCCGUGCGACAGCAGCGCGAGCAGUUACUUCGACAAAGCGAGCAAGGCCUCGGCUUCGUCCUCGACGCACCACUCGCAGUCGUCGUCACAGAACUCGGACCUGACACGGCCGCUGCAGAAGCGCAUGCUCACCCAUGUCUGAGCAUAGAACUCUCUCUGAACCUCGCCAGGAACCACACGUUCCACUUGAAACCUUUGAGAUGUUCGACGUCCUUUGCUCGGAUGACGCCGAUAGUGUGGAACGCGUCGGUAUUUUCUAACAAGCAACGACUUUUGUACGUUUUACUGAGCCAGUCGUUUCGCAGUGACGCAAAACAAUUCUCAUCGAACGUCGUUCCAUGACAAUCAGGAUUCCAUCCUUACGCUUCAUUUUAGUGUCUUCAAAGUUUUUUGGACAUAUUUUGAGGAAAACGGAAAAUUUCUCGUCAAAUGUCAUUCCAUGACAAUCAGGACUCCACCGUCACGUUGGGUUUUGUUUUUUUGCCAUUUUCUCCCAAUUUUUGAUCCUGUUCCAAUUUCUCCCCACUCUCUCUGUAUUCCCUGUUCCGCAUACAUGAGAAUCACAUGCCUGGUAUUGGAUAGUGCCGCUGUGAUUGACAGGGAUGAGAAAGGGUGUGCCCCUCCCACCCAGACAGAACGGCUCAUCUUUGCUCUCGGACACUAGGCCACGGCUGGCUGUGACGUCGUCAGGAUUCAAACUCGCGAAUCUCACAACGAUUGGACGAACGCUCUUCCAGACUUUGUUGGAGUAGCUGGAUCU